AUGGUUCAGCGCAGAAAGCAGCUUGUGCCAAGUCUGAAGAAGUGCCGAUCAAGCUUGUGCAAGGUGCGCCACGGUCUUGCCCGGCAGGAUCCAUCAAGUUGCGAGGGAUCCUCGCCUCAUUUUUUAUGCACAGACUGUACAUGUGAGCACCCAUGUGACCAAACACCUUCCAUACCUUCUUACCAGCUGCUUUCAUGCAAUCGCCAAAUUGCUUGCCUUCCUGUGGCACCAGAGUCACGGGGGUUGGGAAAGUGCGCAUGCACGAAACAAUGUGAUCUUGGGAGCUGUUUGAAUGCUGUGAUGUUAAUCGAGUGCGGACCUAGCAACUGCUCGGUCCGAAAGAGUUCUUUGUGCAAAAAUCGCCAGUUUGCUGAUGCGCAAGCAGGCAAGCUCGACCAGCUCGCUGAGGUUUUUUGGACUGGUGAUUACAAGGGUUUUGGUUUGCGUGCAACAACCCACAUUGCUCGAGGGAAGCUGAUAGCAGAGUAUUUAGGAGAGAUUGUACCUCAAUCAUCGGUCCAGAACUGGCGCUACAUUAUGGCGUUGCCUCAGGGGUUUGCCAUUCAUGCUUCAAUGGCAGGAGGUCCAGCGCGGUUCAUCAAUCAUUCCUGCGAUCCCAACUGCAAUGCUCAACGCUGGCUAGUGGAAGGGCGCUGGCAUGUUGGUAUUUUCUCACAUCAGGAUAUAAAACCACAGGAGGAGAUCACAUUUAGCUACUCAAACGGGCGAAGUCGUGGCAGUGAUCCAUGUCAUUGCGGUUCUUCUCUUUGCACUGGACGCAUCGCGAAUCCACCCCGAAAAUACAAAAAGUUCCAGGAGGCACCGGACGCAGAUGUAGUCCUCCAGGAAGUCCCAGAACAGGUGGAAGCCUACGAAGUAGAAAGUGCAUCAGAAGAAUCUGAAGAAGUGGAAGCGGAUGAUUGGAUCGUAGAGGUCAAGGAGAACCAAGCUGUGGAAGUGCUGGAACCUGAUGAUAGGCGGGAUGAGCCUGCAAAGGAGUGCGAAGGAGGUGUAGAGGAAGUAGCAUGUGUGACCGCUUCAAUUGCAGCUGAAUGCACCGUGCAAGAUGAGGGGUCAAUGACACUACAAGACUUGCUUAGGACUUCAUGUAAUACAGCUGCUCGCACAACUAGAGCAGCUGAGCAAGAAAAUCUAGUCCAAUGUGAAGGAGCUGGCCCAGAUCGGAAAACGUUCUGCGAAACUUUCUUUGCAGGUUCCAGGUCAUGGCAUCAGGCUCCUAUUGAGGCAAAGCAAAUUAUGCAGCAACAGAACCUUCCUGAAGAGUCCGAGCAAAUCGCAGCCUUGAGUUUGGGCCUCUAUUUGCCAUCAGCCUUGUGCCUUUCCCGAGGGCUUCAAAUUGAGAAUUCAAAGUGCUAA